AUGUUUCAUUCUAGUAGUGUUUUGUAUCCAGAAGAUAUUAUAUGUCUUCUCAUAUAUGUGUACAUGUUGGAUAUGUUAACCGAGGACAAUGACCCAACUAAACCGGCAGGGGUUUUAGACAAUACUGGAAAUGUUUCGUCCUCGACGGAAAGUACGCUUCAACACCCUCGUGAGUAUCCUGAUUCUAUGGAAAAGUCUGACUAUAGUACUCUUUAUGGAGCUAAUCAGUAUUAUAACAGUUUAUAUAAUUCUCCUUCAUAUGGAUCAGUAACAAAAAAUUCACCGAGCCUUCAAAGCUCGUAUUUAAGUUCAUACACAACACCAAGCCCAAUGUCCCAGUACGGCUCGUAUCCUGGAUACAACAGCAGCAGUUCAACAUUUUCACCAGUGGGACAAAACAUAUCUUCAGCCUCCCAGAAAUUAGACUACAGUGCGUAUAGUAGCACCUGUCUCUAUGGAAAUGAUCGAAUGCCGCUUCAAUAUUCCGGGUAUUAUCCGAUGCCAGGAUGGAUAGAACAAGCGCAUCAGCGAAGCCCUGCAAGCGCGGAAGACGUCAAAGCGGAAGCGGAAACAGUAUUGGAUCCGCUGAUACUACUGAAGGCGGCACGGAUCGGAUAUUCAUCUGGGACCUUGAUGAAACCAUAGUUGUGUUCCAUUCCCUGCUUACUGGACAGUUUGCGACCAAGCAUGGCAAGGACCCGGCGUUGUUGGCUCAGCUGGCGUACAGGAUGGAAGAAAUGAUAUUCAAUUUGGCAGACACACAUUUCUUCUUCAAUGACGUUGAGGAUUGCGAUCAAGUGCACAUUGAUGACGUUUCAUCAGACGACAAUGGUCAAGAUUUAUCCUCGUACAACUUUGCAGCGGAUGGGUUCCAAUGUGCGUCUGCAAACAAUGGAAUUUGUCUGGCUUCUGGAGUCCGUGGUGGCGUUGAUUGGAUGCGAAAGCUGGCCUUUCGUUACAGGAAAAUAAAGGAAACAUACAGCAAUUGCAGGAACAACGUAGGCGGUUUACUGGGAGCUAAACGGGAGUCCUGGCUGCAAUUGAGAUCGGAAAUUGAGCUGCUCACUGACAACUGGCUCACAUCUGCUGUCAAGUGUCUCAGUCUCAUCAGCAAGCGCAGUCACUGUGUUAACAUACUUGUUACCACCACACAACUCGUUCCUGCGCUAUCCAAAGUGCUACUAUUUGGUUUAGGAGGGCUUUUUCCUAUUGAGAAUAUUUAUUCAGCGACUAAAAUUGGUAAAGAGAGUUGCUUUGGACGAGUUGUAGCUAAAUUUGGAAGGAGAUGCACCUAUGUAGUCAUUGGUGAUGGCUCUGAUGAAGAAACUGCUGCUCGAGCGCACAAUUUUCCCUUCUGGAGGAUAAAUAGUCACUCGGAUACUCAAGCGCUCUACAAUGCCCUUGAAAUGGGCUUUCUUUAA